AUGGCAAUGGAUGCAAAGUCUGCUCAGAGUGUCGAACUAGAACAUGCAAAGACAGGAGAUGUCUCAGUCGAAGGCCAGGAGAAGCAGAAUGAGUUUUCUGAUGAUAGCGUGGAACGAGAGAGAGAAAAAAAGCUCCUCUUGAAGAUCGACUUACAUCUCAUACCAAUACUAUGCCUUCUCCUUCUGUGUGCGUUUCUCGACCGUAUCAAUAUCGGAAACGCACGCAUUCAGGGCCUUGAAGCUGACCUUGGAAUGUCGGGAAACGAUUAUAAUAUCGCCCUUUUCGCAUUCUUCGUUACCUACGUUGCCUUUGAAGUACCCUGUAAUAUCUUGUUGAAAAAGAUAAGACCUUCGCUCUUUCUGAGCGGUAUCAUUGGCGGAUGUGGCAUUGUCACCAUCGGUCAGGGUGUGACGCAGUCCUUUGCCGGUCUUGUUGUGUGUCGAGUCCUUAUCGGAUUCCUCGAAGCUGGGUUUGUACCUGGAUGUGUUUAUCUCAUAUCCAUGUACUAUAAACGCCAUGAACUUCAGUGGCGAGUCAACUUAUUUUAUGCUUCGUCCAUCAUUGCAGGUGCAUUUUCGGGUCUUCUCGCUUAUGCCAUCGCCCACAUGGACGGUGUUUCUGGAUAUGGUGGUUGGAGAUGGAUCUUCAUAUUGGAGGGCGCUUGCACUGUUCUCAUCGCCGUGUUUGGGUAUUUCAUAACCCCAGACUGGCCUCAAACAGCGAAGUUUCUCAAGCUCGAAGAACGCGAGCUUCUCCUUCGUCGACUUGCCAUGGACACUCCUGAUUCUGCAAUGAAUCACUGGGACAGGAGCGCUGCAAAACGCAUCUUUGGGGAUUUGAAGAUCUGGCUUGGUGCCGUGAUGUAUCUCGGAAUUGUCACGACAACCUACAGCACAUCUUUCUUCACACCGACCAUCCUCAAGCAAUUGGGUUGGACGUCCCUUCGCGCCCAAUAUAUGUCAAUCCCUAUUUACAUCGCGGCUGCCUCGAUCACUUUACUCGCCGCAAUGUACAGCGAUCGCCUCAAGCACCGAUUCGGCUUUAUCCUCGCCGGAUGCGGUUUGACGACGAUCGGCUACGGCGUUUUGCUCUCCAUGCAUCAAGUCUCCGUCGGCACUCGCUAUUUUGCACUAUAUCUCAUCACAUGUGGCUGCUGGCUUACACAGCCCAUCACAGUCGUCUGGCUCAACAACAACCUCGGAGGCCACUACAAACGAGGCGUCGGUGCGGCUAUUCAACUUUCGAUCGGAAAUUGUAGCGGUUUCGUGUCAAGCAACAUCUUCCUACCCGCACAAGCCCCUACCUAUCAUCUAGGCUUUGGUGUCGGAUUGGCCUUCGUCUGGAUGUGUGUCUUCUCGGCGGUGGUACUCUUCCUCUGGAUUCAAAGAGAGAAUCGACUUCGUGACACGGGCGGGCGAGACUAUAGGUUCAAUUUGCCACGGGAGGAACAACGGAACUUGGGUGAUGACCAUCCUAAUUUCAGAUUCACAAAUUAG